AUGGACACCGAACGCGUAUUCGCGACAACCGCAAGAGGGAGCUCAGAAGCAGAGACGUUGCCUGCAAUUUUGGGUAUCGAAAUGACUGGAACUAUACGCCCAUCGAAUAACGCCAAUACCGCGACCAACGUCUCGAUUGAUACACACGACGAAGAUAGAGGGAUGGCAAGGGAGAGCGUUUUGGAUGGUAGCGUAUCGUUGACUUCUACGUGGAGCGACGGUCAAGCGUUAAGAGGGAGAAGUACACAUCAUGGGGCAGACCCCGAGCGGCCAAACAUCAGCGUCAAAUCGAAUUUCAUAUACCCAACUACUUCCGAUACCGCCUCUCGUUCGCGUGCAAACUCCCCUGUUCCAGAGAGAUUUGCGUCCGUUAACACGUUUAGGUUGCUUCCGCAGAUACCGACGAGCUGGGCUCAUUUUUACCAGUGGUCCUCACCUAUUGGAGCUGUCGACUCCGAAACGAACGACAACCCAGGCCAAGAUGCAAUCGCAGGUCCGACGACCAACACCAACCCCUCCUUCAACUCCUCGUCAAACGGCUUUUACAACCGCAAUGAAAUUACAGUGAAGUCAUUAUGCGAAGCCACGCGUCUGUUGCCCAGGCAGAUUUACUACAAUCUAUUGCUUCUGAGAUUUCCAAUGUGGUAUCAUUCGAGGACCGCUGGGUCGGAUUCGGAUUUGGACUCAUUGUCGAAGGAUUGGGAAAUGGUGAACGGCGUAUCUGCUUUUUUGAUAUCUGCUAUUUUAACGUUAUUGCAAAUACCCCAAGCGUCCAACGACCCUAUUACGAAGAACACCGCGCAACUUUCUUUGAUAUGCGCGUUGAUGGGUCUUGUAUAUGGAUAUAUAUAUAUGGUGAGAUUUGGGACGAUGAGGAGCAUAUUUCGAUCGUCGAAGUGGGAAGAGGAAGUAAGGGGGACAAGUUCCGCUACAUGGUGGAAUGUUCAGGUUUUACUUGCGAUGCCGGCGGUAUCGAUGUCUUGGUCAAUGCUCCUCUUCCUCGCGUCCAUAAUUUCAUUCGUCUGGCUUGACGGAUCAGUGAACGAUUCUUCCCCACCGUUAAACGCAACGGCGGGUCUGGGUCCACGGGUGGCUGUCACGGGGGUCUUGGUGAUUGGGAUGGUGUAUUUCGCGAUGAUAAUGAAGACGUUGGCAAGGUAUGACAGGGAAUUGCGUGAGAUGAGCGCGGACGUGGAGAUGAGUUCGGGUGCCUUUCCCGUGCAGAAUGGGGAGCCGGAGGGGCGGAACAGGGAGGUGGAGGAGGAGCAGUGA